GAAUGGCUUCUAUAAGAAACUGGCAGUCUGACAUGUCAGCACAGCAGAUGGAGUAUUUAUAUUCAGCUGAAAACAUAGAAGGCUUGUAGAAAAUGGGCGAUCACAUUCGCAGCGCAGCGGCGAAGCUGCCGAUACAAGGGAAGCGGAACAUCCUCAUCACAAGCGCCUUGCCUUAUGUGAACAACGUCCCGCACCUCGGCAACAUCAUCGGAAGUGUUCUGAGCGCCGAUGUCUUUGCGCGCUACUGCCGGAUGAGGGGCUAUAACGUGGUCUAUGUUUGUGGCACGGAUGAAUACGGCACUGCAACAGAGGCUAAGGCAAUGGAGGAGGGCUCUUCUCCCAAAGAGAUCUGUGACAAGUUCAGGAUAUGGUUCGAUCAUCCCUGAUGGGGUACGUACUAAACAAGCCCAAUAGCAGUGAC